AUGGAGACAUUAAAACAAUUCACUCGGGCUGUUCCUCCAAAGACAGUCCUCACAGCAACGGCUGCUCUCAUCGCCGUCUCAGGCACAGCUUACAGCUUCACUAUUUACAAGCGUCUCAGCCUCACAAAUCGCUCUCUCAUCACAACGACCGAGACUGUAACUGAUUCGUUCCGCACGUCGGCUACUAUUCGCAAUUUUGUCAAUCCGCGUGGCCAUGUCGCGUGUGAAGACUCGCGAUCAAUAGCACUUUCCGCACCCGCUGGAUCCAAGGUCCCGUCGGAGGAAGUUCUCUUGUCAAAGUUUGUGAAUGGUUUCUUUGGCGGACGGGUGUUUUCACUCGAGCGAAUUGGCCUGCAGCUUUUAAAUAGGCAGAUUGUUGCGCUCGAUGGCCUCGCACCAACUCCAGCACCACAACAUGUAAAACGCAUCGCAGACCUGCCUUCAUCACUGCCUUCAAUGCAUUCCAUCAUGUGGGGUGCGUUUCAAGUAACAGACCUCAAUGUUGGCCAGGACGGAUCCGGUAGCUUCAUUGAUUUCGUAUACGGCUCCAACAGAGGCCAAUUUGCUGGGUGUCAUCGUUUCACCGUCCGCAAAGUGCGCAAUGGUGCAGGCGACGACGAAAAGGUGUUGGUCAGCAUGGAAUGCAUUACCUGUAAUCCGACGGUGGAUAAGCCCAUCUGUGGCAAGUUUCUCUUUGGCUUUCACAAAGUCUAUGCCAUGAUGUUGUUUAGAGAUGCGGUAGGCGAAGUCAAGAGCCUGUUGGGUUGA